AACAAGACGCAGAGAGUUCCAAACUGAUGCGUCACGGCUCUUUAUUCAACAUUUCUCCAUGGCACCGUAAAAACACUGUGAAACUAGAAAGACAACAAGUACAACAUAAUCAUUUAAUAAAAGACAAAUACAACCGUUAAAAUACCUAAACAUCAGCUAAACAAAUAAAUAACCACGUGAGACAAGUUCAAACUGUCAAAGUUGAACCUGAUCUGACACGAUUACCUGCAAAGUGAUCGGAUCGAGGAAACCAACUAACACUACGUGAACGACACAAUCAAAUAAGAAGCGGACUGUUUUGUCUUAUAUAAGUUUUUCGUUGGAGGCAAACAACAGCUGGGAGAGAGAGAGAGGGGGGGGGCGGGGACGGACUCGAACUUUUCUCUGCUGACGCUGGCAAACAACCAGCUGCAGUCGCACAAACCAGUACGAACACAUGUUACAGUCCCAGUAGCGACUGUGACAUAGCGACUCCCAUUCCGCGCUACCUGUAGCAAAAGGAAUAAAACCUGCUUCCUACCUCAUUCCGCUCGCCGAGGGGUGUUAAACGAGGAUUAAUACGUCCGUAAGAUAGGGAAUCGCCGUACAGCUGGCGUCCUGUCGUUUCCGCUGCUACCAUCAUCAAGACGCAGCUGUACGGCAGGUGUUUUAUAUCAGGCUCGGACCGGAAGCGAAGGAUUUGGUGUGUUUAUUAUAUCGUCCGCUCCGUGAAAGCUACAGGCAUUUACGCGAGUUUUUAGAAUGAGGUCCCUGAAGAAGACGGUGCUGCUUGCCAUCCUGGCAUCCAUAGUGCUGGUACUGGCCCUCCUUCAUUCGUGGCCCACCCGGGCCUACAACACUGUGGAUGUGUGGCAGCGACCAGGCCUGGAGGAGAGGCUCCCAGAACCAGACCACCGAUUAGGCAACAUCCCAUUUCGUGUUAGGGAUAGUGUGGCAAGUUUGUUGGCACGCAACGGGUGCCUAUGUGAGGGUGAGAGUGGAGGAGUGAACCUGCCCUUCGCCCAAUUCUUAUUCCCGCGGGUGUCGGCUCACCCGCUGCACACUGCCUUUGAGGCCUCUGAGCUGGAGGAAAUAAAGAGGAGACGGGCCAAAGAGUACAAGAGUUUCCAGAAGAGGUCACAGACACCUGUAGAUGUUCUCUUUGUAGCAGAGGCCAACAAUCCCUUACAGUAUCCAACACAGGGGGUGGAGGUCCGGCCCCUGAAAACAAUCAUCAUCCCAGGCUUGGCCUUACACGAUAUUCCCAGAGACCAUCACUUGAUAAACAUCACUGCCACACUGGGAACGCUGAACAUGGCAGCAGAGGUAGAUGGGGUGAAAGUCAAAGGUGACGGCGAGAUGCACAUGACUCUGUCGAGCAGCCUCCUGCCGAACCUGAACCGACAGCUGCAGUUUGUCACCUACACAAACACUCUGUUUCACCCCAGCACGGCCGACACAGUGCAGUUUGAGACCGAGGGUCAUCAAGCUGUCUUCAGUAUCAUCAUCCGUCACGGUGUCACGCCUAAACUGUACAACACUGGAUCCAAAGGAGACUACAAUGUCAGCGCCCUCGUUACCAUAGCUACGAAGACAUUCCUGCGUUAUGAUAAGCUUCAAGAUCUUAUCGACAGCAUCAGAAAAUAUUAUCCUACUGUCACCAUAGUAAUUGCUGAUGACAGCGAAAAUCCCCAAACCAUCUCUGGGCCUUACAUCGAGCAUUACAUCAUGCCUUUUGGAAAGGGUUGGUUCGCGGGACGGAACCUGGCUGUUUCCCAGGUGACCACAAAGUACGUGCUGUGGGUGGAUGACGACUUCAUCUUCACGGCCAACACCAAGCUGGAGAAGAUGGUGGAUGUUUUAGAGAAGACCACGCUGGAUCUGGUGGGUGGUGCAGUGCGGGAAGCCACAGGGUAUACUGCCACCUACAGACAGACCAUCUCCAUCGAGCCAGGGGAGGAGGAUGGUGACUGUUUACACUUGAGGAGAGGAUUUCAUCACGUCAUCCAAGGCUUCCCCAACUGUGUCGUCACUGACGGCGUCAUCAACUUCUUUCUGGCUCGCACCGACAAAGUCCAGCAGGUCGGAUUUGACCCGCGGCUCGCCAGAGUAGCUCACCUUGAGUUUUUCAUCGACGGCCUGGGAUCCCUCCAUGUGGGCUCUUGUGACGACGUCAUUGUAAAUCACGCAACCAAAAUCAAACUGCCCUGGGUCAGCCAGUCGGAGAGCGACAAGACUUACGCCAAGUUCCGUUACCCGCCGGCUUCCUCUGACGCCACACACACGAAAAAUGGCCUCCUGUUCUUCAAGAAUCGGUUUCAGUGUUUGACUCAUAAUUAGCCCCCCCCCCCCUCUUUAUCCAACGGGUCCUCUGCUCCUCCUGAGUUGCCAAAGACCUCCACUGUGUCGCGUCAGAUAAGAUUUCAGACAAACACUUUUGUUUUGCCUUUGCCUUGAAAGCCUUUGUAAUAUUCAUUCUGUCCAUGCACGGCUCUCAGCUUUGAGCUAACAAAUCCCUAGACAAUGUAAAUAUCCCGAAGCCUGGUAUAGAAGUCCAGACGCUCUUCUAGAGUGAAUAAAGUAGUAUCAAGCAUAUCUUCCUGUUUACACACUUCAAUCACAGCAUCAUCUGGAUUCAAGGUUAAGAAGGGAUUCUGCUUUGUGUUUGUCAAAUCUUGUCUGGCUAAAUAUUCUUCAGUGGAUGGAACAUGGAGACCAAGCUUUGGGAAAACUCUUGACAGGCAGCAUCUUGACGGUCACUUCAUUGUUCUAUUCUAAUGUGAGCAGAGGGAUGUGUCCUCCUUCAAUUUGCACUAUCCAAAAAAAGACUGAGCUUGGAAAAGCAAUAGUGAUUCAGUCUGGGAAGAAGGCGUCACCGUUAGCGACGACAAAGGGACACUUACCACUGGGUUUCAUUUCAACACAUGCUACAUGAAAACAGAACGUUUGUACGUGAGCUACCUUUGCUCUGUGACUGACUGGUCGUGCCAAAGGUGUGGCUGCUUUGCAGUGUUUUUAUCUUGUUUGUGUUAUGGUUUUGCUACCCCCCGCCCCUUACCCAGAAUCCCUUGUGUCAUUUGUGAGUGAUUAAUCACGUCUGAGGAAAAGGGAACUUUAGAUCCCAUCUCUCGGUUACCUGAACUGAGAGAGGACUUUUUCUUUUCUUCCGACCAGAAGGAGGAUGAGGAGCGUUUCUGUCCAGUGCACGCCGACGAAUGAUGAUGAUACGCUCAUGCCUGAAGCGACAACAGUGUUAUUUUAUACCAUGGCCUUUAGAUGGCGCCCUUGUAUCACACUGUUGUUUCCUAAUAAGUUGAAAUUGUUUUUAAACAGUUGUUUGUUAUUAGCAAAGAGGUGCCAGAGAUUUAUAAAAGAUUUUCUUUCCUUCUGUUCACCAACAUGUGACGUUAUCUCUGUGGACGGGAGCGGGAAACUAACUUCAUCAGUAAAUCUAUUAUAAAAAAGGCAUUUUGUGUAGUAAUGUGCUCAAAACAAUGUGUCUCAUGUAAGUGUUUGUAAGUGUUAAAAGUCAAGUGUGUACAAUUUAGGUGAAAGGGAUCUAUUGGCAGAAAUUGAAUUGGCAGAAACACAUUUAUAUUUACAUCAGGAGCAGGUCCUCUCUACGGAGGCUGCCAUAAUAUUUUUUUGCAGUAGUCCAGACUGGA